AUGAGUGUAAACAAUCAAACUGUCAUUUCCAAGUUCCUCCUCCUGGGCCUGCCCAUUCCCCUAGAGCACCAGCACCUGUUCUAUGUCCUGUUCUUAGCCAUGUACCUCACCACUGUCCUGGGGAACCUGCUCAUCGUCAUCCUCAUUCUACUGGACUCCCAUCUCCACACACCCAUGUACUUGUUUCUCAGCAACUUGUCCUUCUCUGACCUCUGCUUCUCCUCUGUCACAAUGCCCAAAUUGCUGCAGAACAUGCAGACUCAGGACCCAUUCAUCUCCUAUGUGGAUUGUCUCAUACAAAUGUACUUUUUUAUGGUUUUUGGAGACAUGGAGAGCUUGCUUCUUGUGGUCAUGGCCUAUGACCGCUAUGUGGCCAUCUGCUUCCCCCUUCAUUAUACCAGCAUCAUGAGUCCCAAGCACUGUGCUUGUUUGUUGCUGCCACUGUGGAUGCUGGCCACAUUCAAUGCUGUGAUUAAUACCCUGCUCAUGGCUAGAUUGUCUUUUUGUGAGAACAAUGUAAUUCCCCACUUUUUCUGUGACAUACCUUCACUUCUGGAACUGGCCUGCUCAGAUACGUAUGUCAAUGAGUUGAUGAUAUUUAUCUCAGGAGGGCCCAUCAUUCUUGUACCAUUCCUAUUAAUUGUUAUGUCCUAUGCACAGAUUGUUUCAUCCAUUCUCAAGGUUUCUUCCUCCCAGGGCAUCCACAAAGUCUUCUCUACUUGUGGGUCCCACUUGUCAGUAGUGUCUUUGUUUUAUGGGACAGUUAUUGGUCUCUACUUCUGUCCAUCAGCUAAUAACUCUACUGUGAAGGAGACUGUCAUGGCUAUGAUGUACACAGUGGUGACUCCCAUGCUGAACCCUUUCAUCUACAGCCUGAGGAACAGAGACAUAAAGGGGGCCCUGAUAAAAGUUAUCUGCAGUAAGAAAAUCUCUUUGUAA